AUGGAAGAAGCACUGAGGAGGCUCAACGGUCUGCCGGAGGCUGAUCCACAUCAGCCUAUCUCUGCAGUUCCCAAAAGGUGCAUCACCGCCGCUACCACCACCAACAAGAGAUCUCUGAAAGAUGGUGGUGGUGGUGGUGGUGCAAGUGGCACCAUGAGGUACCGCGGCGUACGCCGCCGUCCCUGGGGUCGCUACGCCGCCGAGAUAAGAGACCCUCAGUCGAAAGAGAGGCGGUGGCUGGGCACCUUCGACACGGCGGAGGAGGCUGCGUGUGCCUAUGACUGUGCUGCCCGAGCUAUGCGUGGUGUCAAGGCUAGGACCAACUUUGUGUACCCUACUUCACCGACUCACCCUUCAACAGACACUCUUAUACCUCCAUUUAGCUACAACAGAUCAUCUCAGCCGUCCAUGAGGGACAUACCCAACCGUCAGUUUGUUCCGGCGUCCAAUUUCUCAUACUUUUCAAACCCUAACGCAGGUGACUUUUCUAGUUCUUCACGACAGAGUCAGAUAAACCCUUCUCUCAACAGGCUUCUCUUUGGUGACUUCAUCAACUCUUCCUCCAAUUCAUCCGCUUCUUUGCCUCAAUCAAUGCCUUCAUACGAACAUAAUCCUUAUAUCAAUACCUUUGGUUCCAUUUCCACUAGUCCUAGUGCUUUCUCGAGCAGUUCUUGGGUGAAUCAGUUUUGUCACAGUACCACAAUAGAACCAAGCAAUUCUAGCGCUAACAUGACUGAUAGUUUUACAGGUUCAUCUGCGAGUUUAUCAAAUUAUGCAGAUCAUCAAACUUGUUCUCAUGGGGUUCUAACCACUACCACCACACCUGACCAAGCUGAUUUUAUGGAGUUCUUUCCCUCCGAGCCUUCUGGUUCAGGCUUAUUGCAAGAAAUUAUACAUGGGUUUUUCCCAAAACCCAAGGAAAUCAAAUCUGAGUCAUUGCCAACCUCUAGUUGCACUCAAGAGUCAUUUGUACGUCCAGUGUCUGAUGGUCCUGUUAAAGAGAUGCUUAAUGAUAUAAGGAAAGGGAUUGACAACGACCAUUUUGGUCUCUACUCUGACUACCAAAGAGUUUCACAGCAGUUUGGGAGUUUCAAUGGCGGAUUUGAGAAACAGGCUAUGCCGUCCUGCAAUGAGAUUCCGACAGGGAACCUCCAGGUGUCGCCGGACACUAUGUGGGGAGAUAUUUUUCAGCACCCAGAAGUUCUUGGUACCUUUGGUGCUAAGCUACAGAAUGCUUGA